AUGCGACAAAGUUCUUAAACCUAAAGGAUUAGAUAUUAUAAAAAUAAUAUGUGAUAAAGAUGAUACUAUUUUUGAUAAUAUUCUACACUGUUUUGUGGGUAUCGCUGCAGUACAAAUCGGUCUCGUGGAUAUAUUGAAAGCCAUUGGAAUAGAAUGCGAUUUUAUGAUUGAAGCACUAAACAAACAUCAAGAAGAAGUUAUCCAUCAUUUAGAAGACGACACAGUCCAAACGUUCUACGAAAAAAUAUUCUCAGCGGUCGAUAAAAGUUUGAAAACAGCCCUAACACCAAAUACACACACAGAGAAGAAACGUAUUGGCAUAUCAGAACGAACGAGAAUAUCAAUAGAUCGUAGAAGAGACAAAAAACGAAAACUAAGACAAGAACCCUAUAUAAACUUAAAAUUAUACCCAAUAUGCCCUGCAGAGAUUGACAUCGCUUGUCAUAACAGCUCUGAAUCGUCAACUAUAUCAGGACCAGCUGACGACGUCGCCCAGUUUCUAAAAGAAAUGACAGCGAAGGGAAUAUUUUGUAAAGAGGUGUCGUGCAGUAAUAUUGCCUUCCAUUCUCGGUACAUUAGUGUAGCUGCUCCAACUCUAAGAAACUAUUUGAAUGAGGACAUCAAAGAACCAAAAUUGCGAAGCAGUAAAUGGCUAUCUACAUCAGUGCCAGAAAAUAGAUGGGAAGAGCCCAUUGCAAAAUUUUCAUCUCCUGAAUACUUCACCAACAAUUUACUGGGCAAAGGCCUCCUUACUCUUAUUAUCUCCCUAUCUUUCGCCACAAUAGACCAGUCUCUCUGGAAGGAGCACGACUCAUUCCGCCAUCUCCGUCUAGAUGUACCACGCUGUAUGAUAAUAUUACCUGAAAGCGCUAUACUAGUAUUGACGUGGCAAACGUUGGCUAUGUCGAUGGAUAUGAAUUUCGAGGAUCUUUCAGUAAUAUUUAAGGAUAUAAAUUUCAACACACAAGUAGAAUUAAAACCAGAAAACUUACUAAAUCUUAGCAUUUCUAUAACAAAGAAGAAAGGCAGAUUCGAGGUAGUUCAUAACAAUGAAAUAAUUGUCACUGGUUACAUAGUCGAAUAUGAAGAUGAUCCAAUGAGAAAGGUUAACCAUUCUAGCGCCAAUACAAUAAACGACGUAACUUUGUUUGCAGCAGAUAUUUACAAAUUCCUUAACCUUCGAGGUCACGUUUAUACAAACCAAUUUCAAUCUCUUCAUUCGUUAAACCUUAAAUGCAAUGAAGCAUACAUAAAAUGGGCUGGUGAUUGGAUCAUGUUCCUUGAUGGCUUAAUACAGAUCAACAUAUUUGCAAAUAAACACAAUGGUGUAUCUAGACCGAAACUUAUAGAGAGUUUGACUAUUGAUAUUAAUGAGCACGCCAAAGGACAUAACAAAACUAACAUUGAUGGCGCUAUUUGCUAUAAAGCAGACUAUUAUGAGAACUUUAAUAUUCUAAGAAGUGGCGGUGUUCAAGUUGUGAAUGUUAAUUUUGAAAAUCUUAUCCCUCAGCGGGUCGAAUCUGAUUUCUUAGGCUCGUUACAGUUUUGGCCACACUUUUCAGAAACUGAAGUCGAAUUAAAUACAGCUAUCACAAUAAACAUGCAAAUUAUUGCUGAUGCUACUUUGCAAAGGGACCUUAAAAUAACAGAGCUUAGAACAUCAAACAUAAAUAUCAUAUCAAAUGCUAUAAAGGACGUAUCAACUCAGCUCCCUAUAAAACUGAGAUUUAAUCAUAUCAAUAUUGAAAAUGGAAAACUAAAUCUUCUGAAGAAACAUGAUUUAUCUCAGUCAGAUUUAUUAGUAGUUUAUGACUUUGUAAUGGAUACCGAGACGAUGGCUGCAAUAUAUGAUCAUCUACCGAGAAAUGGAUUCAUUUUAUCGUUAGAAAACAGAAAAAAUAAAAAAUACAUCAUUCAAACUGAUUAUUUUAAUAUUUUAACCGUAUUUCCUACGAAUGACGAUUAUAAAUUAGUUUUAUUAAAUAAAGUUGAAAUUAAUCAUGUUGUAAACGACAAAGUAGUUGUAAAAGUUGAUGAUGAUAGCUACUCUUUUAUGAAUACAUUAAAAAAAGAGCUUAACAAUAAUAAGAGAAUUGUACUGCUUUACGAAAAACAAAACUACUUUGAUCUAAAGGGUUACUUGAGAGGGCUACGGGAAGAAUAUCGUAACAAAAUUAGUUUGUACAUGAUGCUAGAUGAAGGAUCGCCAGAUUUUAAUGUUGACAAUAAUUUCUACAGUAAACAGCUGCAAAAGAAUCUACCAUUUAACACACUGUAUAAUGGUGAAUGGGGAGGAUACUAUUACACAACGUUCAAUAACUACAAAGAUAUUCCCAAAAAUUCUAAACUUAAUCUAACAGAAUUUGGAAACAUAAAUAGUGUGCACUGGGAGGAGAUAGACAAUCUGAAUAAAUCUAAUAAUACUGUUGAGGUGCAAUAUGCAGGAUUAUCAUUAAAAGAUGUAGAAAAAGUAUUCUGGAGACCAGUUAAUAACAAAAAAAUAUCUUUUGGUAUGGACUAUAGCGGUUUUGAUGCUAGGGGUAAUCGGGUGAUGGGAAUCAUUGCCGAUGGUGCAAUUUCUAAGGAAAUUGAAUAUGAUUUAGAUUUACUUUGGCCCGUUCCAAAAACUUGGUCUUUAGAAGAAGCUGCGACAGUUCCUCUACCGUACGCCCUCGCCUAUUAUUCUCUGGCACUUAGAGGAACUUUGUAUGCAGAAACAACAGUUUUUGUUAAUGGUGGAGCUGGAGCACUUGGACAGGCAGUAAUAUCGAUAUGUCUAAGUUUAAAUUGUGUUAUAUUUACCACAGUUAGCGAUUCUGGCAAGAAAGCGCUUCUACUUAAACUUUAUCCUACAUUAAAAGGUACGUUUGUC